AUGCCUCUUGAUGGUGAUGAUAAUAAUGAUAAUAAUGAUAGUGAUGACACCCUCGACGCCGUCGCCAUCAAAGAGAAGGAGGCCGCUGAUGGCCAGGACGAUCGCGUCUGGCACCAGGAACGGUCGCCCGACAAGGCCUCCGACACCAGCUCCUUGUCCCGCUUGGGCGCGUCCUUGGCGCGUCGGCAGCUCUCUGCUCUACCGCUCAGCACCGAGGGCAUCGUCAAGGGCCAGCUGUAG